CCCACAGCUCUAGCCACGGAGUCUCGGUAGCACUUCCGAUCCUGAAGAAGCUGUAGUUGUUCGGUAUGCUUCAUGAAACGCCAUUGGAAUGCCUCGCGAGGCCCUUCAUAGCGAAGGACGACCCAUAAAAAGAAAGGCGGGCAGGCACUUCUAGCCGCUGUCAUUUUCAUCUCAAUCCCUUUAUUUUCCUCAAAGCCUUCUCAAGCUCAUCUCAUUUAUAUAUCCAAACACUAUGUCAAUAAAGGACAAGGUCAUUGUCAUCACUGGCGCUGCCUCCGGUAUGGGCCUCGAAACCGCUAAACUCUUCUCUAGCAAAGGCGCGAAACUGUCUAUUGCAGACGUCCAAGAGAAGCCCCUCAAGGAGCUUGAAGCCGAGUUACGGGAGUCUGGAGCCCAGGUCCUCGCAACUGUCGUAGAUGUCAGCGAUAAGAAACAGGUGGAGGACUGGAUUGCAGCCACCGUGUCCAAAUUUGGCAAACUCGAUGGCGCAGCAAACCUCGCAGGCGUUAUCGGAAAACAGAACAAUAUCGCUAGGAUAGAGGAAGUCGAUGAUGAGGACUGGGAAUUCAUCAUGGGCGUGAAUUGCAAGGGUCUCUUAAAUUGUAUGCGCGCUGAGAUUCCACACUUCAACAACGGUGGCUCCAUUGUGAAUGCUGCCAGCAUCCUAGGUCUUAUGGGCUCAAAGAAGAGCGUCGCCUACGUUGCAUCGAAGCACGCAGUGGUCGGUAUGACGAGAGCAGCGGCGAAGGAACUGGGGGAGAGGAACAUAAGAUGCAACUGCUUCUGCCCCGGUCCCAUCGACACGCCCAUGUUCAGGAAGUCUGCAGAGAUUCGAGGCACAAAGAUGGAUUUGAGCUUUCUUGCUUUGAACCGAGCAGCUAACCAGGCGGAAGUACCACCACUCAUCGAGUUUCUCAUUUCCGAUAACUCAUCGUUCAUAACUGGUAACGCAAUGCCCAUCGACGGCGGCUGGUACUGCUAGAUCACUUAAAUAUCAUUCAGUCAGACAUAUUUUAAGCUUUGUAAUAUGUCAUCGCCCAGAGUUUUUCACUUUUCACGUACAAUCGACCUUGAUUCAUUCAUAUUCCUAACCAGGUUGAGUAAAAGCGGACCUACA